AUGGAAAUAGAAACCCUUGAUAUAUAUGACUUGGGAGACAAAUUAAAUGCAGGUAACAUAAACGUGAAUGAAGAAAUAAAUAAAAUAACAAGGGAAUAUUUAAGCACAGCACAAAGUUAUAUAGAACAAAAAAAAUUAAAAACUUGCGUAGAAUUUUUAGAGGGAAUAAUAAACAAUUUUGCUUCAAAAGAACCAUUUGAAUAUAUACUAUUUAUGACAAUAAAAAUUUAUUGUAAUUUAAGAUUACAUAAUUAUCGAUAUGUUUCCAAUGAUUUAAAUUUACUUGAAAAUUUGGAUGGAGAAAAUUAUAAAUUUCAAAAAUACCCACUAAAAUAUAAAAAAGAAAAUGGAUCAAUGGUCCCAUUUUUAUUAAAGUUAAUAAAUUGUUAUUAUCCUUAUACUCUUGGUUUAUUUUUUACGUCAUUUGAUAGAUUAUAUAUUUUAUUAUUACAAUAUGAAAAAAUUAUGAACAAGAUAAUAAAUGAACAUGAAUGUGCAGGUAAAAAUGGAUCACCAAAUAUAGCCAAUAAUAAUAUCCCCUCAGAUUUAUUUAAACAAAAUAGACAAUUUGGUAUAAUUUUUCACUAUAUGACUAUAAUUUGCUAUAUAUUAUGUGACUUGCUAUUAAAAAGAAAUUAUAUAGAACAAGCUAUAGGAUUAUUAAAAGAAAAAAUACUUAAAUAUUUUCCUAAUCAUAUAAAUACACUUUCAUUGGUUGGAAAGCUAUUUCUUUUUAUUGGAAGUUUUGACCUUGCAGAGUCAUAUUUUAAUGUUGUAAAAAAUAUAAUCGAAAAUAAACAUCCUGAAUUUGCACACAAAGACACAUAUCCUAUUUCUUCACUCAAUGAUAGCAAUCUGUGUGUACACUCUCAAAUUAAUUUUAAUUUUUUAUAUUUAUAUUUAGAGAAAUAUGAACUAGCUCUUAAAGAGCUGCUAAAUAUUAAUCCAUAUUUUAUAAAUAAAAACGACAAUAAUAAUAGUAACAAUAGUAGUAGUAAAAGUGGAAAUAAUGUGGCUAGCGAUUAUGCUAUUUAUUAUAACAACUUAUCAAUAACAUCCAUGUUUAAUGGUGAUUUAAAAAAUUCAAUUCACCACAUGGAAAAUAUUAUAAAUACAAACUAUGUAAAUGUAUUUCCUUCUAUUGUUCAAAAUCUAAAUGAUAUAUAUAAAUUUACAAAAACAAAAAGUGAAAUAGUUAGCCAUACUAAUGACAUAAUUAAAAAAAAUUUGCAGGAAGACCAGGAGAUACUUGCUUUACUUCCAUAA